GUGACAAAGAGAAUUAUAUAUAGAUAAGUAGACCUUAGAUCUAAGUUAAGCGGGUAGUGUGAUAAUGGCAAGUGGCUGUCGAUUUCUUUGUCGUUUUUUGUUACAAGACCUGAUCCGACGAGCUAUUGGACGACGAGAGAUGGCAGCGGGCAGGAUAAACCUGGGACCAUUGUAAAGUCCGAGCGACAGUCCAGUCCUCGACCAGGCAACCACUUUUGCUGAUGGAACUGUAAGAAGCUAAUCAUCAUCAUCAUCAUCAUCAUUUUCUUUCUUUAGGAGGAGACAUUCAAGCUAAAAUUCAACUUUUAAAAAUUACACAAAAAACACACCUUUUUUCAAGCGUGAAUAUUUCUUCACAGGUCAAGACUAAUUGAUUUCUUUAACCUGUGGAUUUGUGGAACUCAAUAAGUGUGGGAUAUGCUAAAAUAAUAAGAGACUAUCUUCUGCCCUCACCUAAUGGAUACGUGAUGAUUCAAAAUUUGGCCCUGAAAGUUUUAAAACAGGAACAGUAAGUCUUGGCCCUUCAUUCAAUGGUCAACAUAAAACCUAAGACUUGGAUGACCUCAAGCCCAUACUAUUUUGAAAAUUAUUCCUGCUGACCCAUUUUCCUGUUACACUUUUUGGAUGGUCGUCAACUCGAGUUUGUUGAACGUCACAAAACAGUUUCAGCGUUCAUUAGCGUGUCAGGGAGUUUUGGGUGGAAUUAUCAGUCACACCUUUGAAAUGUUGUAUUUUAUGCUAGAUAUUCUGUUCUAUAUCAGAUAUUAACAACAAUGAUUGACUAAUUGUCACCGUAUCGUAUGUAUAGUCUUAUAGAAUACUAUUUCUUAAUGGUAGUCUACGUGAUCUAAAUUAUGCAUAUUUAAACUACUUUAUAAUACAUACUGUAAAUAGAAAUGCACACUGAAGUAAAUGUAGUCGCUGAAAUUUUAUAAAAAUUUUCAUAACCAUAUAAUACAUGCUACAUCUGAACAAUGGCGCUACCAUUAAUUGAAACUGAGCUGCACAGAGCGUCGAAAAAUGGACAAACUAAAAAAGUUAAAACAAUAAUUAAAAAUGGUGCCAAUAUAAAUGCAGUGGACGAGGAAGGUAUGACACCCUUGAUGCUGGCUUCAAAAUUCCGGAACCAUGAGAUAGUGAAAUUUCUUAUACAAAAUGGAGCAAUUGUUAACGCAACAGACCACAAGGCUAUGACAGCUUUAAUGCAUACCGCCCAAACUGGCAAGAAUAAAACACUGUUAUUACUUAUGGAAAAUCAAGCGAGAGUUAAUGUCAAGGAUAGACAAGGUAAAACAGCGUUGAUGCACGCAGCUGAAACGAGGCACAUCCUUAGACUAAAACAGCUCGUUCAGCACGGAGCGCAAGUUGACAUCGUGGAUUUGGCGGGAAAGUCUGCACUUAUGUAUGCGUCCCAGUCAGGAAUACGUCAGGCUGUUAAAUAUCUUAUCGAUCAGCAUGCGGACUUAAAUUUGACUGACUUAAAAGGAAUGACUUCAUUAAUGCACGCCUGUGCGAGUGGAUAUGGAAGUAGAAUCAAACUACUCGUUAAAGGUGGCGCCAGAAUUAACGAGAAAGACAACAACGGCAGAAACGCGUUGAUGCAUGCUUGUAUUAAAGGUCAUCAUAGCUCUUUUAAAAUUCUUAUUGGUUUAAAAGCUUCAAUCCAUGAAUCAGAUAAUGAUGAAAACACAGCUUUGCUUCAUGCUUCGGAACACGGCCAUCAUAGAAUCGUAGAGAAUAUUUUAAAAACCAAAUCAAAAGUAGAAGUCAACCAAUCAAACCGUGAAGAAAAGACCGCAUUAAUGUUGGCAUCAAAAUAUGGGCACAACAAAGUUGUCAACAUACUUCUGAAAUAUAACGCAGACAUUCAUUUAGAGGACAACAAAGGCUGCACUGCUUUAAUGUUUGCAGCCGAAAAUGGCAAAAAGGAAAAUGUCUUAAAACUUCUGCAGAAGAACGCUGAUGUCAACAAACAAAAUGUCAACAGCAAAGACGCUCUAAUGUACGCUUCUGAAAAGGGAAAUCACGUUGCUGUCGAAGUUCUUAUCAAAUACAAAGCUCUUGUACAAAGAAAAGAUGUUUACGGCCUAUCUUCUCUGCAUUAUGCAUCUAAGGAGGGUCACCAUAAAGUUGUGAAGUUACUCUUAAAACAUAAUGCACUCAAAGAUUUAAAAUCCGAGUCUGGUGAAACAGCUCUAAUGUAUGCAUGCCAAAAAGGUCAUAUCGACACUGUGAAGUUAUUAAUAGCCCAGGGUGUUGAUAUCAACGCGGUAGAUGGAAAAGGUCGCACGGCUCUGAUGUAUGCUGUCAUUAAUGACCACAGGUGCAUCGUGGAGAAACUUAUCAACGACGGUGCUGAUGUCAAUAAAGUAUCACGGGAAAAGAAAACAGCACGUACGUACGCCAUUGAGAACAAACACAGUGCAAUAGAUGCGUUACUAGCAAGAGUCAAUGCAUUAGUCUACUUUACUAGGGAUGAAACAGAUACUUGCACAGUUUCAACAUUUACUGCUAGUAAAGGUACACAAACAGAGUCCUACAAUGAAAUUGAGUGUCACCAUCCCCUUGAAUUAAGUCAAAAAUAUUCUCCAGUUAAUGUAUUUUUUCAAAACGCUGCCGUUGUUCAAAUUCAGUAAUUGAAAAAGUAUCUAGGAGAUGACAAAGGUUCUAGGAUCGAUCUGAAAGUAGGAGGCUACAAGAUUAGGAUUGAUUGUUUUGUUGAGUUGCUAUUUAUAUCGUACUUCAAUAGAAUAUUAAUGUUUUUAUAUAAGUGUUUAGCUGUAUUACCUAAUUGUAGUAGAUUAGGGUUUAAAACAUUUUUUUUAUCUCAUUCUUCCUCUAUCUUUCCCUACAUCUCUAUCUUUUUUUUCUACCUCCUGACUUUCUCUACGGCACUUAAUUUCUUGAGAGAAUAACCCCGUGUGACAGAAUAUAGAUAUUUAUUUACAAUUUUUUGUUGUUGUUUUUUCAUCUAAGUUAUCCUUAACAUGAAAGCUUACUUAUUUUGUAAACAAACAACAUCCACUGUUACUGAAGGAACUCCGUCUGUUUCUCAAUUUGUUUGUUUUUAGAUUUUCAUCGAUUCGUUCAUUGUGUCUUUGUGCAAAUGUACAAGAUCUGUGUGUUAUUUUUCAUAAAAUUAUAAAAUGACUUCAAUGAAAGAUUGAGAAAUGUUUAUCGUAGGUCAAUAGAGAUUGCUAAUAUCAUUCUUUGCCUAUCGUAUCUUAUAGAUUACAGACAUUAUUUCAAAAAAAUAAGAUAAUUAUGCCCUACCCAUUUCAUCUGCUUAGUCAUUAUUUUUUCUGGCUAACUCAGUCAAUCCAUUCCAUUCUCUAAUGGCAAUAGGGAAGAAGCAGCACUUGUAUGAAUUUGUUCGAGCGUAUGGAAUAAAAAAUGUUUUUUUUUGUCUUUCUGGUAUUUCUUUAAGUUUUGUUUUCUAUUUGUAAAUUAUAGUAUAGUGUUUUAUGUAUAAUAGAAAUUAUAGCUACUUUACUUUUGAUUGCUUAGUCCUGAAGUGUCUCUGAGUUUAGUGAUUUUAAUAACGCUGCUACUCAAAUAAAGUUGGAAUAUUCGUUUCUUAUAAA